AUGAUCAAAAGGCGAAACCGACCGCAUCAGCCCGUACGCGCAAUUGCUCCUCGGGAUGGGGAGAAUGAGGCGGCCGAAGUACAAGACGAAGCCGGCGACGAGGAGCUAGGCAUAUCUGAUCUCAUCGAGCUCCGGAAACUGAGGCGUGCGCGGGAGGGCAUCGAUGCCACAAAACUCACCGUCGGAGAUGCGAAGAAAAGGCGCAAGAAGAAACAAGGGGAAGACGAGUCAACCGUCGAUUCUGGCGGAUUGAAGGCAGGAGCUGCCCUAGACAAGGAUCACGACGACGAAGAUGAAGAAGACGACAAAGAGGCGAAGGCGCGACGAGCCGUCCGUACCAGUAAUUUUACCCAGCAAACGAACACCCUGGAUGUCGAUAGACACAUGAUGGCAUAUAUCGAAGAGAAUAUGGCCAAACUCAGAGGCGCGAAGCGGGAAGAGAAGAGCGACGAUCCAGCGGAUCCGUAUGCCGAGCUAAAUCGACUGGCAGACAGAUACAAAUUCUCCAAAAAGAACGAGAAGGAAGAGGAAGGGAACGUGACGAAUAGCUUGGCGAUGCUCACCGCAAUCCCAGAAGUGGACCUGGGCAUGGAUGCUCGUCUCAAAAACAUCGAGGAGACCGAAAGAGCAAAACGGAUUGUCGCUGAGGAACGGAAGGAUAACCGAAGGAAACGCGAGGACGAGGAGCAGAUUCCCGGUUCCAGAUUCUACCGGCCAAACCAUAACGCAAAGACGGACGCUGAGAUUCUGCGGAAUGCCAAGCUGGAAGCUAUGGGGCUUCCACCGCAGGAAGAAAAUCGGCGACCGCACAAUGAACGAACACAAAUGGCAACAGACGAGAUGGUGAUGGAGCGAUUCAAGAAAAGGAUGAAAAGAUGA